GUUUUUCUCUGUAAUUGGAUACCUUUUAAAUUGUUAAAAUUAUAAAGACGUGUUCUCCAGUCAAGUUUUACAUUAAAAAAUAUUUCAUUGUAUGAUUGAAAAUGUACUAUUACAAAACGAUAAAAAAAAUAAAUUAACAAUUUCAUUUUACAUCAAGGAAUAUAUCAUUGUAUGACUGGAAUCUAUUGGAAACGUACUAUUACAAAAUAAAGAUCUCCUUCUUUGGUCUUACCUUUCUCAAAAUAUGGAACACAAUAUAAUUGUACAAAAGAAUAAGAAGAAUCUGAAGGAAAUAAAAGAGCUCAAGACAGCACAGUCUUUUCAACGUGAUCAGUAUGGUUACAUCAUGUCCAAAUUAGAAGAGACGCCUGGCAGAGGAAAAAGAGCAAGGAAGAGGCACAUUGCUAUAUGUGAGGAUCAAGAACGGGAUGUAAAGAGGCCGCGUUUAACAGGGAAUGAUCAGGGAAAGUCACAACCGGACAUUAGCCACGAGACACUAGACGAGCAAGGAACAGAAAGGUUGCAAUUGUUAGACGAGAGACCGUCAACUAGUGGAACACCAUUGAAUGAAAACCAGCAAAUACAGACAGAAAUCAAAUCGUCGCCAAACUACAGAGCAGUUGGAGAUGACGAUGAAGAGUUCGCAUGUCAAGGUAGUAAAGGAAAAGCAAACUAUUUCGAUUUAAUGGGUGUGAAUAUUCUUCACGAUAAUAUCCAGUAUAAGUAUGCAUAA